AUGUCUCACUGCUCAUUAAGAAAAUGCCUUCUAAUCGAAAAUAAAGAGAUAUCAUUGGUAGAUGUGACAUUGGACUUCACCGAGGGUUUUCACAUUCAAGUUGAAAACUCAAAUGAUAUGAAAGUAACAGCUACUAUUGGACCAUAAACUACUGAUACAAUUGCUGUAGUUAGAGCAUAUGAGGAUAACUGGGGCAAUCCAUGCAAAGUGGUGUAAUUUGAAUUAAAUUAAUAAAGAUUAAGGUUGUCAAAGAGAAGUCCACCCAUUGAAGAUCAGAAAAAUUUGAUCAAGUAAUAGGUGCUGUCACUAGAGAGAGAAAUAUUAAAGAACGAGCAAUUUUGGAGAGAUUUUUCAUUCAGAAAUGUAGACUCACAAGCAAUAUAAAAGAAACUAUUAGAGCUCGGGGAAAACGCCAACUUCAUUGAUGUGCAAUUCCCCCCUUAGGAGAAAUCAAUCUAGGAGUAAGUAAAGUGUAUUUUAAAUAAUGAUUGUAGUCCUUCAAAAGGAUUGGCUUUUGACAGAGUAAUUUAGUGGAGAAGGCCAAAGGAAUUUAUGAAAUACGAUACAUCAAAGGGUCUGCUCGAGCCUCAUAUUUACUCAACUUAAAAUUUCUUAAACAUAAGUCAAGGCCAACUAUCUGAUUCGUGGUUUAUCAGUGCUGCUCUCUCAUUAGCAGAACGACCAGCUUUGAUUGAGAGGCUAUUCGUUACCAAAUUAUAUAACGAGUUGGGAGUAUACGAGUUAAGACUAUGUCUAAAUGGUGAAUGGACUAGUGUAAUCGUUGAUGAUUACUUCCCUUGCUUACCAAACGGUGGGCCAAUCUUCUCGAAAUCAAAUGAUAAUCAACUUUGGAUUUUACUUCUCCAAAAGGCAUUCGCUAAAGUAAGUGGGAGCUACAUGUCACUCUAAUCAGGAAAUCCAUCAGAUCUGUUUUAGGAUUUGACUGGAUCACCUACACUAACUUUGAAUUUCAAAGAAAACAAAGUUCAAGAUAUGUAUGUGUCUGGCAAACUAUGGGAUUUACUGUCUCACUUUAAUGAAGAGGGAUACCUAAUCUCAGCUUCUUAAUAAAAUGAUUCUGCCAAUGUAGUGCAUGCUGUAGUUUAAUUGAGAGAUGUAAGGGGACACAAAUUAGUGAAUGUCAGAGACCCCCUCUUGCUCUUUUAAUGGACUGGUGAUUGGGGUGAGACUAGCAGACUCUGGACCAAGGAAAUGCUAGAUGCUGUGAGCCCUAAUUAUGAAGUCAAUCCCAAUCAAUUUUGGAUGUCAUUUGAUGACUUUGCCAAAUACUUUGGAACUAUUUAUGUUGCCAGAGUCAGAAACUGGGAUGAGACUAGAGUAAGAGGAAGGUUCAUCAGAGUUUAGGAUCCAGAAAACUAGACUUUCGAAUUCGUCUAGUCAAAGUGGCUUUAUUCUCUAGAUGUUAAGACUAAGACACAUUUAAUUGUCACAUUGAAUCAAGAAGAUGAAAAGACUAAGGGAGUGUUGCCAAAGAGACCCUACCUAGAUAUGGGGUUGGUGGUGAUGAAAGCUGAUAAGGAUGAAGGCACUCAGAUAGUUCUCUUCAAGGAAUAUUUAGUAUAGAGAAAUGUUGAAUGUGAAUUGAUCCUUGAACCUGGUCACUACAUAGUUCUGCCUAAAACAACUGGGUGUGCUUUAAAAAGACCUGAUCAUGCUGAAAUUGAGUCAAUCAAAUUAGUUGACCAUAACAGAUAGUUCACUCCACUGUUCAUGUCAACAUUAAAGGAUUUAUUCCUCAAAUUUGACUUGACUGCUAAUCAGAGCAUUGACUGGAAGGAAUUCAGUGGUUUCUUACAGAUUCUUGGUCUUACUCUUUAAGAUGAAUUAGCAUUCAAAGCCUAGAUUUUAACUAAAUUUCACUCAUCCGAGUCAGGCUUGACUUAUCAGGGCUUUAUAGAUUGGUGGAGAUCUUAGAUAGUUGCUGAAGGAGAACCAUAACUCUGGGUUUGGCUUGAAAGACUUGGCUAUGACAGAGAUCUUUAUAGUGUGAAGUCUAGAAUUUUCAGCUUGACUUUCUAGAGCAGAGCAUUAGAGGGAGAUUAGCCAGUUAGAGUCACAGUGAGGGACACAGCAGGCACUGAAAUCGAACCCAAAAUAAACGAAAUGCUGCUCUCACAGUUUGGUAAAGAAGAAAGAAUUUAGGAAUUCUACAGCUUAGUAUCCCUUCAGUCUCUUGGAGCUAAAACAUUCACAUAUGGAAUAAGAAAUCAGAAGUCUGUCGAUAUUGAGGCCACUAUUGAUAUGAGUUUCUCUGAAAAUAUGAGCUUCAGUUCGAAGGCAUAAGUAGUCAAGAGAGUUAUCCAUCCUGGUCAAGUUGCAUUCAUACUUCAUUGCCAAGCAGGCUUUGGGAAUUUCAACAGAGUUAUCAAGCAUUCUGCCAUCGAAGUUGUUCAAGCGCCAACUAAAAAAUGA